AGUCAGGCUAUAUGAUGCUGAUGAUACUGCCAUUUCAUCAGCACAUUUUCACAAACAUCUCCUCAUCCCUAAUCAUGAGAUUGACGACAUGAAUUUACAAACAAUUUCUCAAAGCAAUACAUUAAGGUAAAGAGCGCAGACGAUUAUGCUUAUUCGUUUGGUCGUUUAGUGCACGUUCGAAGCGGGGACUAGUUGCACAUUUAUCCUUUAAACCUUCGGGUGUGCUUGGAUGCAUUGCGUGGGAACGUCCCUGUAUUGCAUAUUUUCGGACUGAAAAACAGCGAAGAAUAUGGGGUUUGCCAUUCUGAGGCACUGAGAAGCAUUACCGAGAUUAAAUAAGAUAUGGAAGCUAUAUGGCUGUAUCAGUUUCGGCUGAUUGUCAUUGGUGAUUCGACGGUGGGGAAAUCGUGUCUGAUCAGACGUUUCACAGAAGGACGUUUUGCACAGGUGUCUGAUCCUACUGUUGGAGUAGACUUCUUCUCUCGCCUGGUAGAGAUCGAACCAGGCAAACGCAUCAAGCUUCAGAUCUGGGACACAGCGGGCCAGGAGAGAUUUAGAUCUAUCACAAGGGCUUACUAUCGUAAUUCAGUGGGUGGUCUUUUGCUUUUUGACAUCACCAACCGGCGCUCUUUCCAAAAUGUGCAUGAGUGGCUGGAGGAGGCGCGCAGUCACGUGCAGCCGCACAGCAUCGUCUUCAUAUUGGUCGGCCACAAGUGCGACCUGGAACAGCAGCGGCAGGUGAGCCAGCAGGAGGCUGAAAAAUUGGCAGGUGCUUACGGCAUGCGCUACGUGGAGACCUCGGCCCGUGACGCCAUCAACGUAGAGAGGGCCUUCACUGAGCUGACGUGCGACAUCUUUGAGCUGGUCAAAUCUGGUGACAUCACCAUCCAGGAGGGAUGGGAGGGUGUCAAGAGCGGUUUCGUGCCCAAUGUGGUGCAUUCGUCCGAAGAAGUGACCAAGAGCGACCGCCGCUGCCUCUGUUGAUCCGAAGUGACUCUUGCCGGCCUAUCAAGCCCCUUCACCGCGAAACCAGUGCCGUUGUUUUCCCUUAGCUUGACAUUUCCCACUACCGCAACUCUACAAAUACUCUCUCGUAUCAACGUUUCCUGCUCUCAUAGUUACUUCGAAUAAAGUUCCUAUUCUCUAAACGUCAAGUUCAAGUGAAGACCUAAGGAUAAGCGACAAACAAGAAAUCAUUGAUUGCUUUGGUAAGGUGGAAUCUAGAGAACUGACUUGUGAGAAAAAUGCAUCUCCCAAACUCGAGGUCUCAAACCUUCCAAACUCUCCAACACACAGACAGCAGCAAAGACAGACCCAAAGUUUACACCAAAAGUUCAGCCAUUAAUGACGGAUGAUUUAAGAGCAUGCCCAAUCGAAAGUCAUUCCUUUUCUCAAUGGUCCAUAAUCGUUUGACCACUACAUACUGGCAUAUAUUGAUUAUUUAUUUGGUGGGAUCUUGGAUUUGAAAACAAUGGGAAGAUAAAUUAUUGUCCUUAUGAAGAAGCAUCGUUGCGUGACAAAGAGACAUGAACACAAAUUAUGCGUGUAGAUGAAUGUAGAGGUUGUACCAAUUUUAGCAGAUCUGAUGGACGACAACUUUUUGUUUCCCCUUUUGGAGUUUCAAAUUAUUCACUAAAUAAAGUUCAAGAUCAAAUCAAAUGAAAAUGAUUCUCACAUCAAAUUAUGUUUUUCAAAUGCACGCACAAGGUCUACACAUUCUUCACAUACAUGUUUAUAAAUUAAUUUUGACUACACAUUCAGCUAAUAAAAGUGUAAUGCUCUCAGCUCCAAGACAUUUGAUCAUGUUUUCCCUCAUGUGUAUAUUACAUUUUUUUCUUUGAACAGAUUGACAACAUCCAGGAACUUACUCAACACACGUUAUUUUGAAAGCACUGAUAGAUCUUUUCCUUUUUGAUUGGUGCACUCUUUAAUAACUGUUGCCUGUCAUUGAGGUUAGUAGCUGCUGAAAUGUACUUUGUUUGAUUUACAGACUAAUGUCAUUUAGAUGACUGAAAUGACUAUUAACUGUGUAUAUUUAUUAAUCUUGUGAAUGGGAUGAGAUAAACUAUCAAUAAAAG